AUGAGUAGUUCGGGGUGGCUGGAGUACGGGGUGGAGGGGUGGUUUCCUGCGCUGGAAGGUGGGGGUCCUGGUUAUACUCCUGAGGACACCUGGGGGGAUGUGUGCGUUUGUGUGCGUGUGCGCAUGCGCUUGUGCACACGUGCAGGCGUCCUCCUGGACAUCCAGCAGGACUUCGGGGUCAAGGACCGAGGAGCCGGGUUGCUGCAGUCAGUGUUCAUCUGCAGCUUCAUGGUGGCGGCCCCCAUCUUCGGCUACCUGGGCGACCGCUUCAACAGGAAGGUGAUCCUCAGCUGCGGCAUUUUCUUCUGGUCGGCAGUCACGUUCUCCAGCUCCUUCAUCUCCCAGCAGCACUUCUGGCUGCUGGUGGUGUCCCGGGGGCUGGUGGGCAUCGGGGAGGCCAGCUACUCCACCAUCGCGCCCACCAUCAUCGGCGAUCUCUUCACCAAGAACACACGCACGCUCAUGCUGUCCGUCUUCUACUUCGCCAUCCCGCUGGGCAGCGGCCUGGGCUACAUCACUGGCUCCAGCGUGAAGCAGGCAGCCGGAGACUGGCACUGGGCCUUGCGGGUGUCCCCUGUCGCGGGCAUGAUCACAGGAACGCUCAUCCUCGUCCUGGUCCCAGCCACGAAGAGAGGCCAUGCCGACCAGCUCGGGGGGCAGCUCAAGGCCCGGACCUCAUGGCUCCGAGACAUGAAGGCCCUGAUCCGCAACCGCAGCUACGUCUUCUCCUCCCUGGCCACGUCGGCCGUGUCCUUCGCCACAGGGGCCCUGGGCAUGUGGAUCCCGCUGUACCUGUACCGCGCCCAAGUCGUGCAGAAGACGGCAGAGGCGUGCAGCACCCCGCCCUGUGGGGCCAAGGACAGCCUCAUCUUCGGGGCCAUCACCUGCUUUACGGGCUUUCUGGGUGUGGUCACGGGGGCAGGAGCCACUCGCUGGUGCCGCCUGCGGACCCAGCGAGCCGACCCGCUGGUGUGUGCUGUGGGCAUGCUGGGCUCCGCCAUCUUCAUCUGCCUCAUCUUCGUGGCCGCCAAGAGCAGCAUCGUGGGGGCCUAUAUCUGCAUCUUUGUCGGGGAGACGCUGCUGUUUUCUAACUGGGCCAUCACUGCAGACAUCCUCAUGUACGUGGUCAUCCCCACCAGACGGGCUACCGCUGUGGCCCUGCAGAGCUUCACCUCUCACCUGCUGGGGGACGCUGGCAGCCCCUACCUCAUUGGCUUUAUCUCCGACCUGAUCCGCCAGAGCACCAAGGACUCCCCGCUCUGGGAGUUCCUGAGCCUGGGCUACGCCCUCAUGCUCUGCCCCUUCGUCGUGGUCCUGGGCGGCAUGUUCUUCCUAGCCACUGCCCUCUUCUUCCUCAGUGACCGUGCCAAGGCCGAGCAGCAGGCUGACGAGGUCCCUGCCCAGCACGUCCGGUCAACCGGCCCCCGUGACUCGAUGCGCCAGAGCAGUGCCCGGGCCCGGCCCCCGCUGAUGUGCCACCUUGACCCCUGCCCGUCUCUCCCCCAGGGCGAACGAGCUGGUGAUGCCACCCACAUCCAUGAAGGUCUGAGGCGGUGCCUCUGGAACUAUGAAGAAUGCUCGCUCCCACCUAGUCUGGGAAGUGUCCUUCAGCAUCCCAGUCCUGCUGGGCUGUCCAGCUUUCCACGGGACCCACGGCUGGGCGCCCAGCUCUGGUCUGGGACAGCCGAGUGGCCAUGGCUCCAAGAGGCCGUGUCCUCAACUAACCUGGAAGGCUGUGUGUGCUGGGGCCACGUGGUCAGACAGACCCCCAGCCCUGGGCUUGGACUGCAGGGCCGCUGGGACCCAGGGAGAAGACAGCCCCCAGUGAGUGUGUGGAGAGAGCCUGGCCUGUCACCAGCUUAUAUGAUCCUGGGCCAGUCCCUGACCUCCGCAGACCGCGGGGCCAGGGAGUCAGACUUUGCAGUGCAGCUGGCCGGGCAAGGCACCACCGGCAGCUUUGAAGACCCAGCAGCUCCCGGACAGCGCAGAGAGGUCGUGCAGGCCUCAGGGUGGCCCUUCAGGCUCUGAGGCUCCCUGGUGUGUGGGGACCGUAGCCUUUCAGCUGGGCCUCUGGACUCAACCUGGCAGAGCUGGGUAGCUGUCGCUGAGAACUUCCUAGAGGGCACUUGUCUCUGUGGCUUUGUCCGGGCUUAGCCUGGGUCCCUCAGGUGGGGACCACCCCAACAAGGAGCUGGCAUCACCAGGGGUGAAGGCCCUGGUGGUUGCUACAAGCCACCUGUGCCCCAGGCCUGAGAUCAUUGGGGUUGCCCACCACACAGGGCUCCUUGAAGCCCCUGGAAAACCUGUUCAUCUCCUGAACCCCCCACAGGAGCCAGACCACUCCUGUCCCACUCUGGACUCUUUCCAGGGGCAGGGCCCUGGGGGACCAUUCCCAGAACCCCUGGGGCAGUGGCCAGGGCUCUGACAGCCAGAGGAAGCAGCCUUCCACUCAGCUUCCUGACCCAGGGAGUAGCCUGGUGGAGGCUGACAUCCCAGAACCAUCUCCAUCAACAUCAGCUGCUGCUGCUCACAUGCAUUUCCACAGCCCACUACUGCCCCCAGCCACGGGCCACCCCUGUGGUCCUGUCUGCAUAUACCACCCCACCCUCAUAGCCACAUGCAGGGUGCAGCUGCCAAAUGUCACCCGAGCCCUGGUCCCCAGCGUGCAGCUUCUCACGUCUGCUCUGCUCCACUCCCUCCCUGCACAUGUGCUGGGGCCUAGUGGCCAGGAGCCCCUCUGAGCCAGCCUAGACAAUGCUCGCUGCCCUGUAGUUACUGGCCGGUGUGGCUUCAGUGGUGUGGAAGCUACUGGAAACCCCACUCCCUGCCAUGCUCUGGGGCACCCUGGGGGCCUAGCAAGGGGGGUGGGAUCCCCAAAGACCAGCCUGGCCUCCACCCCCACCCCAGCCUCAACUGGGGCCCCAGCAAUGUUUUCUUGUUGUACAAGAACCAGGUCCAAGUGUUGCCUCCUCUUCCUUCCGGAAGCCAAACUGCUCCUUUAUUUUUUAGAGCUGCUGAUUGUGAAUCUCAGAGUCUUAAGAGAAGCCAAAUAUAUUCCUCUUGUAAAUGAAGAAAUAAACCUAUUUAAAUCA